AUGGCAACCUCUCAACCCCCAUUGCGGUUUACAACCCAUCACAAUCUAGUAUAUCGUCUAGUAUUGUCCACCCUCACCGGCCGCACAGUCCACAUCUCACAAAUUCGCGCUUCGUCGCCCACGAACCCAGGUCUUGCGCCUCAUGAAAUUUCUUUCCUCCGCCUCUUGGAUGCAGUCACCAAUGGCUCCCAAAUGGAGAUCUCAUACACAGGAACUGUCCUUGUUUACAAACCCGGUCUGAUCACAGGCAGCACAUCCGGCACAGGAGCCGCCGGCGGCAUGAUCACCUAUGAGCUUCCUUCAAACUGCAACCGCGGUCUCAGCUACUACCUCAUCCCCCUCUGCCUGAUGGCACCCUUCGCAAAAGCACCCAUGAAGGUCCUUUUCACCGGUCCCGGUGUUAUCACCUCCUCCACCCCGACAGGCGAUAUGUCCGUUGACAGCGUUCGAACUGCCAUCCUCCCUCUCUACAACCAAUUCGGUAUCUUCAACAACAUCGAGCUCCGCAUUCUCAAGCGAUCGAACCCCGGUCCGACGGGUCGUGGAGGCGGCGGCGAGGUUCAGCUUGUCUUCGGUCACCAAGUCCGUCUGCCGAAGACUCUGCAUUUGAUGAAUCCUGGUCGCAUAAAGCGCAUCCGUGGUGUCGUAUAUUCCGUCGGUGUGUCGGGUUCCAAUAACGCUCGCAUGAUCGAGACCGCCCGUGGUAUUCUCAACCCCCUCAGUCCCGAUACAUAUAUUUUCUCCGACGUCGCGAACGCACCCUUGGUGCCAGCACCGGACAAGACCAACCCCUCCGCGAAGAAGAAGAUCGGUCUUGGCUUCGGUCUGUCUCUGGUAGCGGAGUCAUCCACAGGAUGUCUCUUCUCGGCUGAUGUCGCAUCCCCACCAUCCGGUGGUACUGCUCCUGAAGAUAUUGGAAAGCAGUGCGCAUACCAACUUUUGGAGAAUGUCGCCAAGGGAGGCUGCGUGGCUCCCGCUGCCGCCGCUACCAUGUUCACCCUCAUGACCAUGGGCUCCGAAGAUGUGGGCCGGCUCCAGGUCGGCCGCGAGGUGAUUGCCGAUCCGAGUGUGGUCCAGCUCGCCCGCGACCUGUCCAAGUUUGGUGCUCCUGGUUGGGGUAUCCGCGAUGCAGCAGGCGAGAACGAGCACGGAGAUGUUAUUGUCAGUGUUGUUGGCCGUGGAAUCGGCAAUGUCGGCAGAAAGGUUGCUUAA